AUGCUUUAUGGCCCUCCUACCACCACCCUCUCUUCACCACCACCCUCUCUUCACCACCACCCUCUCUUCACCACCACCCUCUCUUCACCACCACCCUCUCUUCACCACCACCCUCUCUUCACCACCACCCUCUCUUCACCACCACCCUCUCUUCACCACCACCCUCUCUUCACCACCACCCUCUCUUCACCACCACCCUCUCUUCACCACCACCCUCUCUUCACCACCACCCUCUCUUCACACCACCCUCUCUUCACCACCACCCUCUCUUCACCACCACCCUCUCUUCACCACCACCCUCUCUUCACCACCACCCUCUCUUCACCACCACCCUCUCUUCACCACCACCCUCUCUUCACCACCACCCUCUCUUCACCACCACCCUCUCUUCACCACCACCCUCUCUUCACCACCACCCUCUCUUCACCACCACCCUCUCUUCACCACCACCCUCUCUUCACCACCACCCUCUCUUCACCACCACCCUCUCUUCACCACCACCCUCUCUUCACCACCACCCUCUCUUCACCACCACCCUCUCUUCACCACCACCCUCUCUUCACCACCACCCUCUCUUCACCACCACCCUCUCUUCACCACCACCCUCUCUUCACCACCACCCUCUCUUCACCACCACCCUCUCUUCACCACCACCCUCUCUUCACCACCACCCUCUCUUCACCACCACCCUCUCUUCACCACCACCCUCUCUUCACCACCACCCUCUCUUCACCACCACCCUCUCUUCACCACCACCCUCUCUUCACCACCACCCUCUCUUCACCACCACCCUCUCUUCACCACCACCCUCUCUUCACCACCACCCUCUCUUCACCACCACCCUCUCUUCACCACCACCCCCUCCAGGAUUAUAGAACAGACUCGGCCCCUCCUUCAGUAGGCAUCCUCCGUACUGUUGCAAGGCUCGAUAUCCGGGCAUUCCGAGCGGAGCAAGCCCAUACCAAACUCGAACAGGGGUUAAAGUCUGUCCAAGAUGAUUUGAAACGAACAACCGAUGAAUUAGAACAAGUUACUCGGUUAGCGGACAUUUUCUACGAUCUCAGCCAGAGGUUGGGUGCGGUUGUGGACUACUUACUUCGGGAACGUGGGGCAUCAGAGAGCGGUUGUGAUCAACAAUCAGCUAAAUCGAUCCUCGAUUCUAUCAUGGAGUCAGAGAAAGCGGGGGACGUGGGCGGAAAGGACAAGGCUGUCUCGGAAAAUGCUAAGGCCAAGGUACCGGAUAGCUGA